AUGUCGGAGACUCCAGCGCGCCAGGUCAUGGGUCUGGAAGAGACGACCGACCACGGACAAUCACCCUCACCUCACAAGGUUGCUUUCAAUCUUCCGGGGCGACGAAUCUCGCCUGUUGAACUUGUCCAAGCCGAACAACAAUUCUGGUCCGAGCAGCCGAAGAACAAACUGGCUGCAAGUGACAAUUCCGGGGCCGACGCCAACGGCGCAAAUCUACCAACUGCCAAUGAGGAUACCAGCAGCAAGCUCGCCGCAAAGGACAUCGUGGAUAUCGAGAACACUGGCACUGCGGAUCCUGGGCCACCUCCAUCACCACCUCGCGCUUCUCCUCUCGACCGCGGCCGUGGUGGUCUUCCUGCCGAUGGUAAAGCCUGGAGAAACUUCCCUGCCAAUCAGAAAGGCGUCCGACUCCACUGUUGGGCAAAUGGAAUUGACCAUGCUGCGAUCAACAUACUUGACAGUACCGAAUCUUUCCUCCUUGCAGAUGGCGAGAAGAAGAUCGAAGAGAAGAUCGAUACUCGUACUCCCAACACCACAAUCUUCACAUUCAACAAGGAGGACCACACCCUGGCCAACCUGCUCCGUGACAAACUCCUGAAGAACAGCCACGUCACCUUUGCAGCCUAUCGCAUCCCUCACCCCCUCUUUGCGAACUUCGAGCUCCGAGUCCAGACCGAUGGCGAGAUCACUCCGAAGGAAGCCGUGCUCGCCAGCUCCCGUGACUUGGUUCAAGACCUAAACAACCUCAAGACCAACUUCACUCGCGAAUAUGAGUUGAGGAAAAUGGUUGGGGGUGCACAGAAUGGACAGUGA